GUAUUUCGAUGCUUGUUCAUCGUUUCUUGCCCCUUGAUUGAUUGCAUGCUUCAUAAAAACGCACAAAAUACCACUCGUCCCAACAAGAGUUCUUUGACGAUUGUCAUUAAAGUGGGAACUUCAUCCAUUUGCGAUGAGAAGACCCACUUUCCGUUACUGUCCAACUUAUCUUCCCUGGUGGAAGCGGUCCUGAAGCUGAAAUCGCUCGGUCAUCGAGUUGUCUUGGUGACAAGUGCAGCUAUUGGCACCGGUCUUCGACGAUUGAAUAUGGCAGAGAAACCUUCCAAACUCUCAGCUAUUCAGGCUCUCGCUGCCGUGGGUCAAGGACGUCUCAUGGCUCUCUAUGACGACUUAUUUGGUCAAUUCCAUCAACCCGUAGCUCAAAUUCUUUUGACUAAAAACGAUCUGGCCGACCGAUCACAAUACUUGAAUGCUGUAAAUUGUCUUGAAGAAUUACUGACAAUGGGUGUGGUGCCUAUUGUCAACGAAAACGAUACCAUUUCCACCCAGGGCGUUCGAUUUGGAGACAACGAUACACUUUCAGCUAUUACGGCAGGGAUGGUGAAGGCGGAUUAUUUGUUCCUGUUGACGGAUGUGGAUUGUUUGUAUACGGAUAAUCCUCGUUCUAAUCCUGAUGCAAAACCGGUAUUGGUAUGCGACGAUAUUGGAUCUCUCAAAGAGAAAGUGUCUGUUACAUCGCGAGGAUCUGCAUUGGGUACGGGCGGAAUGAUGACCAAAUUAAUCGCUGCUGAUCUAGCGACUGCGGCGGGUGUAACCACGAUAAUUGCUCAUGGUGCCACGCCCAGUAACAUUAUCAAGAUUAUCCAAGCCGAUGCGGCAGAUGAGAAGGAAUUGGAAGUGGCUCGCUCAACGGCGGCAUUGCCGAUGUAUACUCGAUUUACAGCCAAGAACAACCCCUUGUUGGACCGCAAAUGGUGGAUUCUUCACGGAUUACAUACGGCUGGUAUCAUUUACGUCGAUGAAGGUGCGGCUCGAGCUAUUCUGUCUCCCAAACAGCGAUCCAGUUUAUUUGCAGCGGGUAUUGUCGAUGUGGCGAAUAGCUUUGUUUCUCAACAGGCGGUUCAGAUUGUGUACCGAAAACAGAUCAGUGACAACGAAUUCACCGAUGUGGUCAUUGGCAAGGGAUUGGUGAAUUAUUCAGGCAGCGAAGUGGCGAGAAUUAAGCGAUGCAAAAGUUCCGAAAUCCCCGGCAUUUUGGGUUACAUCGAUGCCGAAUGUGUCAUUCAUCGAGAUAAUCUCGUGAGAACCAUGAAAGAAGAGCAACUGUAAAUUUUUGCCCUCCCUUCUCCUGGUGCCGCUGUAUGAUGUUAUUGGUUGUUCAUAGAUAGUUUUUAUUUUCGUUCCGGC